AUGCGGCGAUGGAACCUGACCCACCCGGGUAUCUCCAAGUGCACGUGGAAGCCCAACACGGACGAGCCGUCGCCGCACCGGCACUUCCGGGCGCCGAUCAAGACCGACACGGUGAUGGACGAUGCUCUGGAGGCCAUCGGGAACACGCCGCUGAUUCGGCUUAACCGGGUGACUCGGGACGAGCUCAAGUGUCAGGUCCUGGCCAAGUGCGAGUUCUUCAACGCCGGUGGCUCGCUCAAGGAUCGCAUCGGCUUCCGCAUGGUGGAGGACGCGCUGGCGGCGGGCCGGAUCAAGCCGGGCGACACCAUCAUCGAGCCGACGAGCGGCAACACCGGAAUCGGCCUCGCCAUGACCUGCGCCGUCCGCGGGCUCAACUGCAUCAUUGUCAUGCCGGAGAAGAUGUCGAUGGAGAAGGAGAACGUGCUCCGCGCGCUCGGGGCGGACGUCAUCCGCUCGCCCAACGAUGCCGCCUGGGACUCGCCCGAGUCGCACAUCGGCAUUGCCUUCCGCCUCGCUGACGAGCUGCCCAACGCGCACGUGCUCGACCAGUACCUCAACCCGUCGAACGUGCUCGCUCACUACGACGGAACCGGUGCCGAGAUCUGGGACCAGACCGGCGGCAAGGUCGACAUGCUCGUUGUGGCCACCGGAACCGGCGGCGCCAUCACCGGCACUGCACGCCGGCUGAAGGAGCUCAACCCGGACAUCCAGAUCGUGGGUGCGGAUCCUGAGGGCUCUAUUCUCGCCGGACCGGGCCCUGUGACGCCGUACGAGGUGGAAGGCUCCGGCUACGACUUUAUGAUCCCGGUCCUGCAGCACGACCUUGUCGACACGUGGGUGAAGACCAACGAUCGCGAGACCUUUAAGUUUGCGCGCCGCCUCAUCGCUGAGGAGGGCCUCCUUUGCGGCGGCUCGUCAGGCUCGGUCAUCCAGGCUGUUGUGGAGGCCGGCAAGGACCUUCGCGAGGACCAGACCGCGGUCGUCAUUCUUCCGGACUCGAUCCGCAACUACCUCUCCAAGUUUGUGAGCGACACCUGGAUGGACGACACCGGCCUGCACACGGAUCCGGUCCGCGACGCCGCCACCAAGGUCUGGCGCGAGCAGGACGCCAUGUCGCUCUACCCGGAGGAGCCCAUCCCGCUCUUCAACGAGUCCAACGUGCUCAACGCCGUCGAGGCGCUCAACGCCACCUUCAAGGCCGGCAACGCCCGCGUCGUGGCUGUCGCUGACGGCUCGGGCAAGUACCUUGGUGUCGUUUCUGAGUCGCAGGUCUUCAACCACCUCACGACUUCGUCCGGCGGCUCGUCGUCCGACGCCAUCACGAGCAUCAAGGGCUUUGACUCGUUCCCGGUCGUCAAGCGCGACGAUCCGCUGCGCCACAUCGUUCGCGUCGUCCGCGCCAAGGGCUUUGCUGUCAUGGAGAACGAGGACGGGACCCACGGCGGCAUCGUCACGCCGCAGACUGUGCUCAACCACCUCGCCUAGCUCGCCCUAACUCUCCCAAGGCGGGCGAUGCCCACCAUCAAACUAUGAUUGUCUGUA